CUUACACAGGAUCUUGUAUAGGAUCCUAUACACUUAAGAUUCAAGAUGCUGGUAGGAUCCUGGUCAGAAUGUUACAGGAUCCUAUUUAAGAAUCUACAGGAUCCUAUUGUUAUGUUCAAGAUCCUGACAGGAUCCUAAUCUAGUUAGAUGUGUUAGAUCCUAUACCCAGAUUUGGAUUUAUCCUUACCCAGGAUCCUGUAUAGGAUCCUACGCACACAGGAUCUUGCAGGAUCCUGAAAAUCUAGGAUCCUUCAGGAUCCUGUAGGAUCCUCCAAGAUUUUUCACCGGGGAUAUCUCAUUUGGUUUGAUGCUGAAUAUGAUGCUGCAUCUAUUCCAUACCCAAGAUUCAGUGUAGGAACAUAAUCAGGACUACAUUUAUCCCCUGAUGCUGUACCUGGAUAAUACAAAACUUAAACAAUACUCAAAAGAAUUACCAAUACUAUUAUUUGAUUGACCUUUAAGUUAUGAAUUUAAUACAACCUCAACAUCCUCAAAGUGCAUAUGUUACGAAAAAUUUUGCUGGUAAUGAUGGCGAUCAAAGAAACAUCGCUGGUAACGAUGGCGAACUUAGUUUUUUCAUUUGCGACUUACUUUCCCCAAAAAACGGGAUUUUCCAACACCCACUCAAGCUAAAAUGUGUCACAACAAAAACGGGUCGAACCUGUGGUCACAUGACCUCUGUGACGUAAAGUGGUUGUGUAUCCGUUGAAUAGAACAAGGCUUCUGUAUGGUUUCACUAUGUGCGGGCACUACUGUUGUCUCCCUAAAGAUUUUUUUCCUCCAUAAGAGUAAUAAGUUUUAUUUAGAUAACUCAAGCAAUGCCAUCAAAGGUCGGAAAGUAAUUUGGAAAAUUUGUUUUUAUCUACUCUAAGAAAGCCUUUCCAAUCUGUCGGGAUUCUUGUUGAGGCCAUCACUUUCCGACGUUGCCCAGAACCUCUCUAGUCUCGCAGUGAUUUCUUCAACGAGUCCACUUUGUAAAAAUCCUAUACUAGAUCAAUUCGCGAGGAAUUUUGCAGUAUUCUCAGAAUGUAAUGGGCGAAUAUGGCUGUGAAAUAUUCAUCGAAUGUGUGCACAGUUUUAGGCUGUAGCAUCUGGACAAUGACAGCACCAUCAAUAAUGACUGCAUCAACAGAUGGUUUGGUCGUAGUCAGAACUUGUGUUGAUAGGCUUGUUAAACAAUUAACGAGGUCUGCUUUUUGGCCUUCUGUUGGCAUACUAUAUAAAGACAUGAAAACAGAGAGCAGUCUUGUUGAAGAACAUGUAGCUUAGCUUUUAUUAAAAUUUAAAGUUAAAGUUGUUUGCGAGCAAGAACUUGACCGCCACGUUUUUUGCUAACUACACUAGAACGAGGCUAGACGGGGGUUACAUAAUUACUUACAAUACAUUUUUAAGUGCUAUUUCUAAUACUCCUCCUCACUUAAAAUGCAGUUCAUGUAGUAAGGUCUCUCAAUGUCCUUAUACUAUAUUAACAAAAAAGGUCUUUUUAAACAUCAACAAAAUGUUUAAACAAAGCAACAAGAAAAAAGUAUAAAUACUAUUUUGGGAGAAGAGGUUCUAGAACAAUCACUCCCUGCAACUCAUCUUUACCAUGAGUUUCCCUAAACUCAAUCAUAAACACAAUGUAUUGAAACUGUUCUUUUCAAUGAUAACACAGCUACACAAGUUUAUCAAGUUCAUUUUUGUUGAAGCAAUCCAACAUUUUCACAGAAAGUUUUCAACUUCUGUUUAACCUGGGGUUUUGUUAAAGAGUCAGCCAGUUGCUCAUUUGUUGCUACAUGUUCUACCCUCAGUUUCUCACUUUCAAACAUGUCUCUCUCAAAGUAGUAAUUAAUAUCAAUAUGCUUUGACCUUUUGUGAAAAACUGGAUUUUUCACCAACUGUAUGGCACUCAUGUUAUCCACACAUAAUACAGGAAUAUCUUUUUCAUCUGCAAUUUCUCUAAAAAGGGGAUUUAACCAGAUUAAUUCCUUUGUUCCUUCACUUGCAGCUACAAAUUCUGCUUCAGUUGUUGAGAGUGAAACAGAUUUUUGUCUCUGACUAAUCCAAGAAAUGGCUGUUCCAUUGUGUAAACACACUACACCAGUGUGUGACUUUCUGGAACCUUUAUCACCAGCAAAGUCUGCAUCACUAUAUCCAGUGAGAUUUUGGGACACUUUACUGCUGUAUAUUAACUUCAUAUCUUUAGUCCCUUUCAGAUAUCUGAAGAUCCUCUUCACCAUUGUCCAGUGUCUUUUGGUUGGCUUGUCCAGUACUUGUGACACUAAACUUACUGCAUAUGCAAUAUCUGGUCUGUUACACACAGUAAGAUAAUUCAAGCUACCAACAGCUUCACGAUAGGGCUCAUUUGUGAGAUAAUCACUCUCAUCUUCGGACUGCUCACAGCCAGAUUCAACUGGAGUACUAACACAAUUACAAUCUUCCAUUUUGAACUUUUCAAGUAUUUUGUUUGUCCUGGGUAUGACUCUAAACUGCAUCCGGUAGCAGGGUUCUGGUUCGGGAGAUCCAGAGUUCUGGGGAGUAUGGAGCGACCCCUUAACUGCUACUGCUCCCAGGUCCACUUUGACCCAGGGUGGUAGUACCUGACAGGGUCCCAUGUAUGGGUCAAAUACGCCCCAUCUAUGGGUUAAAUAGACUGGUACUGGCAGCAGGGUACCAGUAGUUCCAGUUGAUGGAAGAGUCUUCAGGGACCAACAACUUUUGGAGCACGUGGUCGGGCAAGAGAUCCUUCCGGACCUUGGCCGAGCACACCGGCACGCAGUGUCACUGCGUACUCGGAGAGGAGAUGGGCACCACCGAGUACUUCUUGCUUAUUGAAACACCCAUGGAAUGACAACUAACUUAAACCUCAUACCGGAUCAGUCGGGGCCCGGGUCAACAACGGCCGCGCUGUCUCCUGGAGCCUCCAGGGGAGGCAGUGUAAAGUAUGCGACUGGAGUGGAGGGUGUGGAGGGAAGGAGAGCCGGGAGAGCCGGAGGAAACAGAGAAGUGGCGAAGGUAGAGACAACAAUUGGUACAUGGAAUGUCAGAAAGUUGAAGGCAUGUGGAAAAGCGGAGGUUUUAGUACAAGAAAUGGACAGACUGAAUUGGAACAUCCUGGGCAUAUCUGAAAUGAGAUGGAAGGGCAUUGGUGAAGGAACAGCAGAAGAAGCACACAAGAUUUGGUACAUAGGUGAUGAGAAGAAGCAUGAAAGAGGUGUGGGAUUCCUAGUGAACAAGAACACCAAAAACGCAGUGCUAGAAUUCACACCGAUCAGCGACCGAAUAGCAGCAAUCAAGGUGGCGGGGAAACCAAUAAACAUGACAAUUGUGCAAGUGUAUGCACCAACCAAUGAUUGCCGCGAUGAACUUGUAGAAGAAUUCUAUGAUGACCUGAAGAAACUGCUAAAAACCAUUCCCAGAAAAGAUGUGUUAAUAGUGCAAGGUGACUGGAAUGCGAAGAUUGGAGUUGAUGCAUUCGCAAAUUGGAAGGGAACUAUUGGAAGAUUUGGACUUGGAGAAACAAAUGAUAGAGGACUGAAGCUGCUGGAAUUUGCCAAGAGACAUCGUCUGACAUCUGCCAACACGCUGUUCAACCACAAAGCUUCGAGAAAAUCAACAUGGCACUCACCAGAUGGUAGGACACACAACCAGAUAGACUUGAGUCAACAGAGCAAAGACAGAGGAGAUUCAGAGAGGAGAUUCAUGACGGGAGUCAACAGAGCAAAGACAAGAACGUUCAAUAAGCCAGACAUCGGCAGUGAUCACGAUCUAGUGAUGAUGACACUAAAAGUGAAGUUGAGUACAAUCAAGAAGAACAAGUUGAGCAAAAGAAGAUUCGAUAUUGAGAAGCUGAAAGACCCGGAAGUUGCAGAAUCUUAUCAAGAAGAACUAGCAGGAAAGUUUGCACCACUGUUACUGCUCGACCAAGACCCACAAGACCUGUGUGAUGUGUUCACUGACACACUGGAAAAAACUGUGGAGGAAAAAUUAGGAAAAGCGAGACCAAUCAAGAAGCCGUGGAUAACACCAGAGGUGCUGGAGGCAUGUGAUGUGAGGCGAGAUAAGAGAAGGAGAAGACAUCUAGGAGCAAAUGAUCUAUUAGAGUAUAGAGUUGCAAAUAGAAAAGUGAGGAAUGAAAUCAACAUAGCAAAAAACAAGUGGAUCAUCAGUCAAGCACAAGAUAUCGAAGAAAAUCUAAGAAGGAACAACACCAAGAAGGCAUACGAAACUGUAAAGAAGUUGUGUGGCUCAUAUAUGGAUGAAACCAAACGGAAACAAGCUGGCAUAAUUGAGGAUAAAGAUGGAACAUUACUAACGAAGAGUGAUGACAUCUGUAGGAGAUGGAAAAACUACUGUGAAGAACUUUUCAACUGCAACAUCCAGAAAGACCAGGAAGUGCUGAAAGAACAAGUCACGGAAGAACGACAAGAAGAAGUGACCAUGCUGAUGUCAGAAGUACGUAGUGCGAUCCAGGAGCUGAAGAAGAACAAGUCGCCAGGAGCAGAUAACAUCACUGCGGAGCUAAUCCAGAAUGGAGGAGAGACAACAUUCCUCUUAAUGCACAAACUGUGCAAUGAGAUUUUGAAAACCAAGCAAUGGCCGAGCCAAUGGACAGAAUCUGUACUCAUCACCAUUCCAAAGAAGACGAACAGCAGGAGAUGUACAGAUUAUCAUACGAUUAGCCUAAUUAGCCACGCCUCAAAAGUCCUGUUAAGGAUAAUCUUGAAGAGGUUGAAGAGGAAGAAAUACUGA